AUGUCCAGGACGAGCAUCAAUUGCGGCAGUUUCCUUGCAGAAAUUAUCAGGGACAAAGAGCGACUCGUCAUCCAUCCCGGAGUCAGCCAGUACGCGACAGGUGGUAUAUCUGCGUGCGGUCUGGCGUCUCUCAAUUUCGCAAGAUUGGUGCUGAAUAAAGAGCGAGAAGGCAUUCAAAGAGCGGCUUUGCUUGCAGAAAUUGCCUCAGACGCCGUGUCCAUCUGUUCUCAAUGGCGGGACAAUCUUCAUCUAGAGGUCGAAACUAUCUUUGCAGUGCCUCUAUUUCAGACAUCAAUGAAACUGACAAAUGUAUAUAUGGAUCUCCACCAAGACCUUGAAUUCGCAUCCGAUAAUACCAGUGUAGCAGUCAUCACAAGACCACCUGAAAUCAUUACCUGUGCAAAGUCGUCUUCUCUCCGAGGGUGGCAAGCACAUUUACUUGCAAAUUUCGCUGCCCACAUUUUUAUUCCAAACGACAAAUGGUCCACCGAUCCUGUUGACUUAACGCAAGCUCCUCUCAAAUCUAGCAUCACAAUUCUUACUCUUCGAGCUCAAUUAUCCGAUCUAGAGUCACGGAAUCAAUUUUUGACAUCCAUGACUGACCGCCUGGAGGAAGAGAUCGACGAGCUACAGGAAACGUGUGAAAAACUGAAGAAAAUACAGUCACAGAGUCAUAAUCGUUCCAUUCCAAAAAUAGAUGUUUGGACGAUGUGGCCCGGUGUACCUUCUGGAUCUUUACAGCAAUGGAACUCGGUUAAAAAGUUGAAAGGAAAAGGGCACGCCGAAGAAAAGAGCACAGCAAUAGAGUUCGCCCUCAACCUACAAUGUAAAUUCGAGGGAGAGGAUCGCCAGCUAGAGCAGGAGCAUCGUGCUCUAGCAGCUACUGCACAAGCCUUAUUUGAUUGUGCCAUCUGCCUUGAUACUUUCCCCAUGGACUACGCAGCUCGUGUUGUCGAAUGUAACCAUUUAGCUUGUAGAAACUGCCUUCGGCAACAUCUGCUGACGACGUUGCAUGAUCACCGAUUCCCCAUCUUCUGCUCGAUUUGUACUGAUGGCGACAAGAAUACACUCAUCCUCGACAUUGGGGUAUCAGAGAAGGAGUACUGUAUCUUCGAGGAGCUAUGUAAGAAAAGCGCUUUUGUCGAUCGCACGGAAUACCAAGAGGCCGGUAUCAUUGCCUGUCCAGUGCCUAGAUGUAACCAUAUCUGGUGGAAGUCUUGUCAACAGACUCAUAGCUGUGAUGGAUCUUCAGAGCUGGACCAUCUGAUGAAGCAACGAGGCUGGAAGUACUGUCCAGGCUGUAAAACUUCCGUGCAGAAGGAAAGCGGGUGCAACCACACGACGGUAUGUUGA